CUCGGCCACGCGGAGGCUUCAGUCGUCGUGUUAUGCUAACAGAAGGCAGAAAGCGUUUAGAUGGAUGUGUUUGGGUGCAAGCAAGUUUGACGGGACUAUCCCCGCAAAACCGUGGAAAAGUGUCAGUUUGAAAAAUAAUAGUAUAGUCAUAUAUAAUAUUUAGCCAGCGUAAAGGAUUUUCUUUCCUGUAUCUGUACGAAUUGCCUCCGUGGAUGUAAUUUAAGCACAUUUAAUAAAAAUUAGAAGUGUAUAGUAUUUGUUGGUGUUUUAAGUGAAAGUUCUUUUAACGAAUAUAAUGGUGCCGCAGCAGAACGAUUCCAGCCGCUCGAGUAGCCCUACCUCCAGUGGAAUACCAAUGUUUGGAUCUCAGUUGAUCAAUAAGAACUCUUCGACACCGUAUACUGAUGCUACCCAGACCAAGAAGAAUAAUCCAAACCACAUCAAACGGCCAAUGAACGCCUUUAUGGUGUGGUCCCAGAUAGAACGGCGCAAGAUUUGUGAACAGCAACCUGAUAUGCACAAUGCAGAGAUUUCCAAGCGGCUGGGACGGCGGUGGAAGAUGCUGUCAGAAGAGGAACGACAGCCCUUCAUUGAUGAGGCAGAGCGCCUCAGACAGUUGCACAUGCAGGAGUAUCCAGAUUAUAAGUACAGGCCCAGGAAGAAAGCUGUCAAACCACUCCCAAAAGUGUCUGCUCCUCCAGCGAAGAAAGCAAGGAAGUCUACCCCAAAUCAUCACUUACAGAGGAAUGAUACCAAUAAUAACCACCCCCCUCACGCUCUCAGUACGGCCAGCAAGGACAGAAGUGUGUCACAAGCUCAACAGCAUUCACUGAUUCAUUCAGGAGGGUCAACUCGUGCACGCAUCACCAACACACUCAGUCCAGUCAAUCACAGUAGGCUGAAAGUACGCCUCACCAUUGACCGUAAAUUCAAAGACAGUAUCCGAAGCAAUCGACAGGCCUCUCCAACUCACCAACAGUAUGCUCCCCCUCCUCCCACUGCAACUGCCAAGGUGCCGUCCAGUCCUUCCUGCGAUACCCCGGAUUCCCCUGAAAGUGCAUCCUUCUACGAUGACACGUCCAUGCUUCUUGAUGUGAAAUUCAAUCCAGCAACAGUCACAUGCCCAUCUGGCCUAACUGCAUCCACAACCACCACCACCACGACAUCUGUUGAGAAUCGCGUAGGAAGAGACUAUGGAAGUCAGCCAUUUGCUUUAAACAGGCUUGAUUCUGGCAACAGUGUAAAAUCCAUCAAAAUGGAGCCCAUGGAUUAUGAGAAUGUGACCAUCAAGGAAGAGCCAAUUGAGUGUGAGUCGGAGACUGCUGCAACUGGUGCGUCACGAGCAGGAGAGAAUCCAAGCCUUGCUGAUCUAGAUUCCCUCACCGACCUCCUCCAAAUCCCGUCCGACUUCAGAGUGGAUCUUGACACACUCACCACAGAUCUGGACUCUUUUGAUACAGCCAGUUCCAGUUCAGGAUCUCACUUUGAGUUCUCUUGCACUCCGGAUGUGUCUGACAUGCUAUCUGAUAUUGGUGUGAACAAUGACUGGGUUGAUACAAGUUUUGCCAAUCUGAUCAACUGUUAAACAACCGACUGAGUGAACUGAACUAUUGGUGCUAGUAGGGCACUGUACAGUGUGAGUUGGUUACAGUCAUGUCACUUUAGUCAUUUUCAGUUUUAUCCUUGCAGUCAGAAUUACAGUUUAUAUAUUUCAGUGGAUCUUGUAAGCUUGUUUCAGCAAUGCUCUAUUCUGUUCAUACCUCUAAUUUUAAUAUAUGCAUAACGCCUUCGAAUUAAUAACUUUUUCAUCUGAUUCAUUUGAAAAUUGUUAAAUUUCAGAUAGGAAAAAAUUUAAAAUGACCAUUGUGACAGUUGGUCACGUAAGGGUCGGGUGUCAACUUUUGCAAGUGACACGUCACUUUGCAGUGCCCGAAGUCUACAUGUUAACAUCAUUUGUAUUGCAUUGCAAGGUGUGCAUGAGCUUGGAUGUUUCCAUUUAUGUACUAUAAUCUGGCAUCCAUAGUAGGUCCUACUUGUGUACUCAGUAAGGUUUGAUCUCUUGUACAAUGAUUCAUGAUAUCAUUGUAUGUUUUUAUUAUCAUGUGUUGAGCCUAGUUCCACAGUAGGCAAUUUCUACCACUCAAUAGUGCCUAGAGAUCCGUUGUGUGGAUCUUUCGUACAAAUACGGUUGAGUAAAAAUUGCACAGGGCCACAAAAAUCAUUCACUCAUUAUUGCUGACUCCAGGGAGAACUAUAUCAGGCUGUGAUUACUGAACUCUGGUGACCAAACUUAUGUUCCCCCCCCGAAAAUUGGUGACAUGUAGGUGCUUGUGUUGCGACAUAACAAUAUUGGAAAUUACCCUCUUGAUAUUUUUGUGUUUAUUCAUCAUUUAUUUCAUGGUGGCCGAUGUCUUAACUGUAUACCCCUUCAGUAGGGCCUAACUGAACUUUAAUUCAACUAAUUGCACUGAAUCAACAAAGCUAUACUUAACGGGAACAUAUCACGCGAUUCAUCCUAAUUGUCAAUAUUAUCGUAAAAUUCACUAUGUUUGUAUUUUCUUUGACAG